AAAGGUAACACCCUUUGACUACCAAUCGGUGUUGCGUGUUCCAUCUACCGCUACAACAACUUGAUGUGCUAAUAGUUAAGUCUUUCGAAUGUUCCUGUGAAAUUAUGUAUUAAACGAACGAGUUUCUUCUCCUCAAACGAAGUAAUUUCAAAGUCCGUUGCUCAAAAAUAUAAAAUUACACUCAUUAACAGUGGCGUACUUCUUUGGCGAUUAGUCAAUACGGUUUUAGUUGUUGUUGUUUUUUUGUGUUUUUUCUUGUGCUUUUUAUUGGGUGGCUACUAUAAGUAACAUAUAUAUAAUCACACUGAAUAAUUAUGCACUCGUUCUUUUCAAAUACGAGUCGCCGAUGAAAUACAUGAACACAAUAAAGUAGAAUAUAGAAUUAAAAGAUAGUAUUUUAGAACAAAAUGAUGUCAAAGAAAAUAAUAUGUGUCCUUGUAAUCUUAUUUAUUAACAUAAUCGGUUUAAUAAGCUGUUUUGAUUGCACUGGAAAACCGAAUGGAGUAUAUGAAUCUAGCUGUCAGUCAGCCAUUUUUUGCACUGAUAACACGACAAGAAAAUUGGAUUGUACCAUACCAAAAGUUGUAAAUGAAGAGACAGGAGAAUGUGACAAUGCACUUAAUGUUCAUACUCCAUGUGGUACAUUCCGGGACUGCUCGGUAAGAGAUGAUGGAGGUUAUCCCGACUUGGAGACGAAUUGUCAAUGGUACUAUAUGUGUUCUUAUGGUAUACUAUACGGACAUCAUAAAUGUGCAAAUGGUUUAGUAUGGAAUACAGUAUUACAAACAUGCGAUUUUCCAUUAGAUGUGUUGCCGCCAUGUGGCAGGAAACAUUGAAGAUAUUGUUGACAUAUAGUACUCUUGAUUCAUAAAUACAAAUAUUUAACCAUGUUCAAUUUAAAUGGAAAUUAAGUC